UCCCGCGGCCGCUUCCGCGGGAAGCGCCGCCCCUCGCGCAUGGCGGCGCCGGGGUGUCCCUGAGCGGAGGGAGGGGAGUGGCGGCUGCCCGGGGCUGCAGCGGUCCUGCUCCCCAUGGCGCUGAGCAGCCGCCUGCUGCUGGCGGCCGGCGGGCUCCGUGCAGCGGGUCUUCGUUUUGCAUCAACUACAGCCAGUCUCAAAACUGAGACUGAAGUGGACACAAGUGAAAAUGAGGUAGUUGCCCCAAAUUUCACUAACAGAAAUCCUCGGAACUUGGAGCAGAUGGCCCUGGCUAGGAAGGAGCGUGGCUGGAAGACAACGUGGCCAAAGCGUGAGUUCUGGCACAGAUUACGGCUUCAGCGGACACAGCAUUACGUGGAAGCCUUUGUCGAGCGCUCCAACGGGGAUGUUGUGGUAUCUGCCUCUACCCGAGAGUGGGCCAUAAAGAGACACUUGUACAGUCCCAAGGGAGUAGCUGCAUGCAAAAACCUUGGCCGUGUAAUGGCACAGCGCUGUUUGGAAGCAGGAAUCAACUUUGUGAACUUUAAAGCCAUUAUCCCCUGGGAACACCAUUGUGACUCGGCAAGUACCCAUCUACUUAUUCCUUUGGCCCUUCUUUCCUUUUUAGGCAUUAAUUUUACUUCUCUUCACCUUUAAUUUUGUUACGUGGCUUGACAAUCCCUCCUUGCAACACUCAGAAAGGCUUUGACAAGCUGCAGUUCCUGGUAUUAGGCUUCCAUGAGGCUGUUAACCUCUGCCCCUCAUAUAACAUGUUCCCACUGAUAUUUAAGUCCUGCUGGCUUUCUUUUGUAUUUAUUUGUGUCUAUCUUUUAAACAAGAUUCAGGAAUUUGAGAAAGCUAUGGAGGAGGGUGGUGUUGUUCUACAUGAGCCACGAAGAAUCUACCAGUAAAAUGGAGACCGUUGGGAAGACUUUCCAAGGAACAAGGAUCACUUCUUUGUUUGUGUACUGGCGCAGGGAAGGUCCAGAUCUGGAAAGAGUUGGAAUGUGUCAUCUUAUAAUAAAAUAUUUUCAAAUAGAUAGAA